AUGUCGUCUCUGCGUGUGCGCACCAAGAACAAACUCAUGAUGGCUUUAGGCGCUGCCAAGCCGAGCACAAAUAUGGCCUUCAAUCUGGCCUACUCGGACUUCUUGUCCACUCUGCAACGACUUGAAACGCUUGAAUUGACGCUGAAAUCAUACGCCGCCUCGAUUAAAACCUUCCACGCUGCGGCAAGUUUAGUGGUCGGCGCUAUUGACGGUUUGUCAUCUGGAGGUAGCGACACUGCAAGCUACCAUCCGCCGAAAUCUGUGGAUUCCUCAAACAUGCAGCAGUUUGCUGGCGAUGCUCGAGUGGCCUUUACUGAUGUGGAUAUGAUUGUGCUCCGAGAAACCUAUGCUCUACUGGAACACGAAGUCUUGACUCCUGUGAAAGCUUGGCUGCAACAUGCUCGUAGCCUCCAGAACAAAGCAACUACGUGCGAGGAGCAAAAAGCACUUUACGAUCACUACUCGCGCAAGGUGAUGGCAUUGCGCGAAGCACGCGAGAAGCGAGUAAGCACGGGUCGAAGUGGCAAGCCGAAGCAUACCAAGCGUAUGCUUCGCAAUGAACAGAAGCUGGCAGCUACGACGCAGGAAUAUUUGCAGCAAUCGGAUACAGUUAUCCGUAAUCUGCGUGCUUUUGUCGUGUCACGAGAUGCUGCAUUGGCAGCAUUGCUUCGUCGUGUGCUUCGAGGUCGUGCAAUCUAUGCUGAGCGUAUGCAUGAAGCAACAGGUCACAUUAGCGCGCUCAUUGAGGACAGCGUGGCGAAAGGAGAGACAGAUGGUAUGCUCGAUCACUAUAUGACAAUUGUGCAAGGUGGAAACCAUGACGGGUUUGCAGCAAUCAGGACAGAUGAUACGGCGUCGUUGUUUUCAGACGACAAUACAGUGCCCAAGUCUUUAUUUCAUGUGUAUAUGGGUAAAACACCUUCAUACGCGUCAGAUCACGACAGGACGUUCACAAACUCUGCUUCAUCUCCAGCGCUAUCCAGUGUCGCUAUGGCGUCUACUCCUUCUUUGAUGCCGUAUCACACAACACGAACUUCCUGGAAUGCUUUUAUGACACCAUCAGCCCCUGCAGUUGAUUCAUUUACAAGGAAAGAAUGGAGUGCAAGCAAAGAAUCUUCUUCCUCCCAAUUCGUAGCUGUUCCUGAUUUUAGAGACAUGCAUAGGAAUGCUCUUCGUGGUGACACGAGUUUGUUCCGCUAA